AUGGAAAAAUCGUUGAUUAUAUCAAAUCUAGACCCCUUUACGACUGAGAACGAGAUCAGAAGAGAAAUAGGCGGUCCUGUACCAAUUCUUAGUAUUUAUCCUAUUGUUGAUACAUUUAUGAACACAGAAUAUUUCUUUCCAUUAUUUAUCAUACAGACAACACAAGAAGGUGUUAUGCAGGCAUUAAGUGGUGAGUCAAUUUACAAGAUUAGAGGCAAAAUUUUGCAAUUCACUCAAACAGAGCAAUUCAUCCAAAAUAAUUGUGGAAUUGUUCUCUUCGGCGAGACUAAAUAUACUACAUGCGAAGAUGUUUUACAUACGCUUAUUGAUUGCGAAAUCGACACAGUAGAACAUAUACAGACAACAUACGGAAAAUUGUUCUUUAUUAAUUUGAAGAAGAAGGACAUGAUUGAUGCAUUCCUUCUUGAAAAGCCAUGUUGUGAAAUUAACUCACGACUCUAUUAUUCUCAUAAAUUCCCAAUUUUACCUCAAAAUCACGUAGAUAAUUUUGAAGAAUCGAUUAGAGUUGAUAAUAUCAUCAACAAGACAAUCACAUUAGUUCACAAUCAUCAAGAAUAUACUGUUCCUUAUUACAUUGCUGCAUCAUGUUCUGAAUUAAUUCAAGAUGAAAUUAAAUUGGAUGUAAACGUAUCUAAGAUUGAUGUUGAAAACAUUGAAGGUCCAUUUGCAAGCGUUGUAGACAUUUUAUCAGGAAAAUCAGUUCAAAUUAAUGAAAAUCCAGUUUUCUUCUUCCAAAUGGGCGUUUGCUUAGGAAUUCAGUCACUCAUCGAUGCUACAGAGAGUUACUUCUACAAUACUCUUACUACUACCAUUAUAAUUCCUGCAAUUAAAUUGGGUUUGAAAUUUAAACGAGGAAUUCAAACUCUUUUGAGAUACGUACGAACACACUAUGAUGAACUCUCUUCCAAUGAGGAAUUCAAGUCUUUCGAACCAGAAUUACUUCAAUAUGCUCGGAUCGAAGAGGAACAGAGACAAUUCAUGACAAAGGAGCAGUUUGAUAGCGUUAUUACUGAUACUUCUAUCGAUUUGAAUGCACAAAGAGAGAAACUGAAGAGAUUAAUUACAUCUGGUAUUUAA